CGUGACCUGGUCACUGGCCCACUUUGAUUUCUCCUGGUUUAUCCGCUCCUUCUCUUCGUCAUCUCUCCUUCUUUCCGUAUUAUCGUUACCCUCACUUCCCAUUCCCUUCCUCGACGUUCCGUUCCCGCUUCGUCGUGUCUACCUUCGAAGAGAGGUCUCCACCUCUCUCUUCGAUCGACGAUCGGUCUUCAUGGUCUUACGUUACCUCCACCAUAAACGACCUCCACCACCGGUUCGUUCUUCGACCACCACCAUCACCGCGAUUCCUGGUCGAAGGCGCCGCUUAUGACUUAGCCAUGCGAUUCCAGCACAUGCCGUGGCACGAGGUACAACAGUCAGACAGGUACCAUCCAGUUGACUAACCGGAUGGACGAACGGUGCGCGGAAGAGAUCGUUAUUGCUAUUAAGAUCCCGUGAAAAAAGUUUCGAUCGAACGUUGUUUCCAACUAGCAGUGUCCUGCGUCGAGCAAUCGGCGAAAACGGCCGGUAGAAACGUUCGAAGAUCGGUAAGGAUCACAGUGUGUCGUGAAUUGGGGACUCAGUGCACGAGUAGUUAGGAUCCUUUUGUCGUAGACGAAAUUUGGAUUCUUCAUCGGACGUUCAAAAGCGGCCGGUGUAUGAAUCGGGAACUAGGUGACGAAAGAAAGGGAAGUGGAAGAAGAAGAAGAGGAUAGGUUCAGUGAAGAAGUGCGACACGUUGAGGAACUCGGGUGACAACGUGCGAACUUGAUUAAAGACGUUCCCGUGUAACGUUGAGAAAGCUCGUGUUUGCUUCCGGACAACGACCGACGGAGGUUCUAUCAAGGAUUUCAGACGUUAUGAGACGGUUUUAACGAAUCGUUUGACGUAUCACGGGAUAACACGUUGCACGAUGGCUAUCGGGAAGAAUAUCCACUUGUUCCUCGUCAUCCUUUCUUCGACGUCCGUCAUUUCACACUCUCACGUGCCCGAAGCCGCAGGUAGAAGGUUGUUCGGUGGGUACAGGAUAGUCCCAAAAGCGUGUCAACCGACGCUUCCAACCCGAGCGAAUUCAAACGAGCCAACACUAUGCAUGUUCAACUACGAGUGUUCACGUAGAAAUGGAAAAGUAGUCGGCGCGUGUAUGGACGGUUUCCUAUUCGGCGCGUGUUGCCAGCUGCCGUCGAAAAUCAGCAGCGACGGUGACAAAAUUUCAUUCACCGAUGAACUGUUCAAUCUGCACGAAAUCGAUCACGUCCCAGAUAUACCGAUCCUCUUAAACUCGGAUGGCACACCGCUCGGAAUGACGAUCUCUCAAGACAGCACCGUUAAAACCGAGACGUCCGGGACAUCCAAUCAUCCCAAUAACGAAGGAACCACCUACACCAAGAUUUCAACGUUCGACGCGCCUUCUAGCACCAUAAAAGCACCAUCAACUGGUGCACACCACGAGGACAUCGUCGAGAACGCGGAGAAACCUCAAUUACCGGCUCAGCCAGACUUAAGUCACCUGGAGGAAGAUUUUCAGGCUCUGUUGGGCCAGCAGAACGUGUUGGACGAUUUAGCUCUUCCUGGACUGUUGAGUCAUUCCGACUCGAACAAUGACAUUCAGAAUCAUCAGGACAAUUCGGCUGUUAAUCCGGUCACCACGCUGCUGAGUCCUGAUCAGAUACUUCAGAUAGCUGAUCCAGUGGAUCAGUUGCCAGCUUUGUUCUCUCAAGGUUUGGGUCAGAAUAACCACAGUUCAGCCGAUACCAUAUUGUUGAACGAGAAUGGAACCACACUGAACGAGACGCAUAACCCUGACGAUUUGUUCAAGCCUACCGCAGAAUCCAGCACCGAGGACAGGGUCGUUGAAACUCAGAGCACCACUCUGAGAUCAAAAGUAACUGAAGGUGUAAUGGAGACGAGGAAACCUUCUUCAGAGACCACUUAUCAGGCUAGUUCUACGAGUCAAUGGUUGAAGUUCCCUGCAUCCUCGGUAUCCGACACCAUGCUUUCUGAUUCUGAUGAUCACAAGUUUAGUACUUCCUCGAUGACGAGAUUACCGGUUGUUACCCAGAUGUACGCCAACACGCAGAGGCUCACCACCGCUUCCUCCAUCCUGGAGACUGCCAUGGACAAUUUCGAGAAGAUCAGCACGGUAGAGGAGAGGGUGUCGACGAAGUACGUGGAUGCUCUAAGUUCGAACGAUGAUAAAACCACCACGCCGAUGAGUACUUUAAGCGAUAAGAAGGAGGAGUUGAUCAGGGUGCCUACUAUCACUUAUGACACGUCCUCAGGGAACAAGAAGGACGAUGAUGUAGAUAAAGAGGAGCUGGCGAUUAAUCAUAUCAUAUCAAUAUUGAACGAUACGAAGCCCGGUGCUGGUACCACUAUUCAAACCCCAAAUUCGUCCAUCAACAAAUGGGUCAGCAUCGAUGAAACCUCGAAGCCAUCCCUGGUCAGGAUCUCUACAACGAGACCCACGAGUGGACCCUCUUCGACCUUCCCUUACACGUUCUACAAGCCAGGACAAUCCUCGAAUUAUUAUAGCUACGAAACAGUGCCCACUGAAACGACCUACUCUUCCUAUCCAACUUCAAAUUCGUAUUCUUCAAGGCCGUCGACUCAGUCGACCUUCUCCAGUUAUUCCACCAAGACGACCACGAAUCCUCCUGCUCCUACUGUGAUAGUUCUAGGUCCACUCAACACCGAGUACACCACCGAAAUCGCCCAGAAGAUCAUCACCAAGAAACCAGUGACUGAUUCCGUCAGACCUACCUCGUCCUUCAGACCUACCUCGGGACCCUUCAGACCUCUCACCACCAGAAAGCCCAGCGUCUCUACCACCAUAACCCACAACAUUAGCACGGUGAUUUCGAACGUGGCCACGAAUAACGUCGUCUCGACCAGUUUCUUCAGCGUUAAUUUAAAGGACGGGACCACUUCGAAGCCAACGGUGAGCAACAACCUCAGCACAGAGGCUGCUGUCUUAGAGAAUGAUACUGAACAGAAUUCUGAGAAAAUAUCGACGAAGAGACCUAACGUUUGGACCACUUCUUCUUGGUCCAGUAAACCAAGCUUCUAUUUGAAACCAUCGACGCCAUCGGACGAGAACAUGACACCUGUCGAUACUAUAGUCUUCAAAGAACCUGUCGUUUCGACCACAAUCAAUUUCAAGGCGACCACGUCGGUGCCUCAUUGUGACGAAGAGACAGCAGCACCAGAUGACUUGAUCAACUUCCCACCUGUUCGAAACCCGAACUUUAAUACCUCGACGCCCAUCGUUCAACACGAGAAACCGACCAUCGUGGAGACUUUCAAUAAUACAGGCUAUCCCGAUAUCGAGAUUAUCAGCGAGAAUGAUAUUCCAACACCCACCUUCAUCGAGGAUGAUGUCUUGAAUAAUAAAGUCGAUACCUUUGUGAAUAAGAUUGUUCAAUCGCUACAAGGCAAUUUUCAGGAUCUCAAAGAUAUCGUGUACAAUCGUGUCAACGCGACCACGGCUGCUCCAUCCACGGUGACAAAGAGACCAGCGACCACCACGAGGAAACCCGUGCGAAGACCAGCGACUACUGCGAAGCCUUCGUACACGACGACGAAGAAACCAGCCACCACGAAGAGGCCAGUUAGUCGUCCAACAUCCUCCAGGCCGUCGGUGUCGGAGAAACCAGUUCGUCCGACGAAACCGACUACUGCGAAACCGAAACCGACCACGGUGUCCAGUGCGACCACGAGGAGACCCCAGGUUACAACGAAACGUACGAAACCGUCUAGAAGACCCACUACAACGCCAGCGAUAAGCACCGAAGCGAUAGUCGCUGACGAAGACAGCAGCAUUUCGAACAACAUCGAAACUACCACUACCCCACAGAUCACAUCGUCGAACGAUUUUCGUUCACAAUGCGGUAUAAGACCUCUGAUUAAGUCAGGUAGAAUCGUCGGUGGUAAAGCAGCGACUUUUGGCGAAUGGCCGUGGCAGGUUUUGGUUCGCGAGGCCACUUGGCUUGGUCUUUUCACGAAGAAUAAAUGCGGAGGUGUUUUGAUCACUGAUAAAUACGUCAUCACUGCAGCUCAUUGUCAACCAGGAUUUUUGGCAACUUUAGUAGCUGUUUUCGGAGAGUUCGAUUUGUCAGGUGAAUUGGAAUCGAAACGCAGUGUGACCAGGAACGUUAGACGAGUUAUAGUGAAUAGAGGCUACAAUCCAACGACUUUUGAAAGCGAUCUGGCUCUUCUGGAACUGGAAUCGCCGAUACAAUUCGACGUUCACAUCGUGCCCAUUUGCAUGCCCGAUGAUGGUAUAGAUUUUACUGGUAGAAUGGCCACGGUUACCGGUUGGGGACGAUUGAAAUACAAUGGCGGAGUACCUUCCGUUCUGCAAGAAGUCCAAGUGCCCAUAAUAAAGAAUUCCGUGUGUCAAGAGAUGUUCCAGACUGGUGGACAUUCCAAGCUGAUUCUCGACAGUUUCUUGUGCGCUGGUUACGCCACUGGCCAGAAAGACUCUUGCGAGGGUGACAGCGGUGGACCAUUGGUGAUGCAACGACCCGAUGGAAGAUGGUUCUUGGUGGGCACCGUGUCUCACGGAAUAACCUGUGCCGCGCCCUAUCUUCCAGGUGUCUACAUGAGGACGACUUACUUCAAACCUUGGCUGCACAGCAUCACCGGGGUCUGAGGACCAGGAAAUCCAUUGAUUUUCUGGACACUUGAUGGGCACUGACGAUUCCGUGCCACCUGUAUAAAUGUACAAAGGAAGACUAAUUUAUUUCCUUCGGACUAGAUUGAGGAAUACCAGUUAAGAGAUAUUAGAACUAAACGAACACGAAUACGUUUCAUUAUAGUAUCGGGUCAUCUCAUCUCAGGGUCCAUAUUCCAUUCUUCAGACCAUCUUUGUUAAUUGAAAAAAUUGAAAAACUAAUACUUUAUUCGAUAUGAAUCAUGACAUUAUUUAUAGGGUGAUCUGGUACUUGCGAUUUCGAAUAACCUCUGUUUAAUUAUAUUUGAAGAAUGUUGAACAGUGAAAUUUUGUUGUUGUUGAACAGACAUUGUUUUUCAAGAAGCAAUCGAGUAUUUAAUCUGUAUCCAUCGAACGUGUUGUGUGUUCCCUGUAUGUACAUAUACGUGUUUCACGUACUAUACGUAUAGAACUACGAGCCUUAUUUAUUUCGUUGUUAGCUGUUAUUUAUUAAACUCAUUUUUAUACGAGA